AUGUCCCUCGCUACUCCCGGGUUCUUGAUCCCGUACCACGGUCCUUCGUCCUAUAGAGGCUCGACUCCUCUGGACAAAUCCUCCUCCGCUCGACCUAGCCCUAAAGAAAGGCCUGAGAGCCAUGGAGCAAAUAGCCCGGAACCGUCCAGCCCUCCUUCGGCUAAUUCUUGCCAGCCACGACCAGGCCACAGUAGAAAGCGGCUUGUGUUCUCAGAUCCUGUCGCUUUCCGCUACUUGGAGGAGGAUCCCGCGACAGACGCCAUUGAACGUUGGAGACGAUUACACGGAUAUGAAAUGUAUCUCGUGGAGCAAUGGGCAUGCUCAAGAACUCAUCCCACUUUCGUUAUCUGUACAUACACCGGCGACCCAUCGCAUUCUAUCCUAGUUAAUGUCCUUUCCGUACCGAGUGAUGAAAGCACGUGGUCUCCCAGGCUACAGAUUUACUUCUCAGCUGUCUCACAAUUUCAUGCCAAGGAAAAGGAAACUCCUUUGGGCACGUUAAUGGUCACCAAUUUGAGCGGGUUUCCAUCUGCUUUGACCGUCAUUGCUGUUCCGGAUGGCGACAUCAAGAAGCACAGGGAAGACUUUAUUGUUAAUGAGAACCUCAAACGAAUGGGCUGCUCUGGAAGGGCUGCCAUCAACGUGCAACCCCCUCAACCGAGUACCGUUGCAAAGUUCCACCACCUGUACCGCACCAGCGAGACUGUGCCGCUCUACCAAUCAGUCAUGGAGCUUGUGCGAGUAUGUCAGACGGCGUUGAUCAUGUACGACAAAAUCCAACCAACCUAUGCUGAUGGUUUACUCUGCGAUGUCACUGAGAAAGCGAUCAACGAUUGGUGGACUGACAUCGGCACCUACUUUUACAACGUGGAGCCCAGUGAUGGAAUUCUCGGUCCGACCACGGUGGCAGCCCUCCUUGGUCUACUAAUUGGGGCCUAUAACAGACUCAAAGCCUUUGGGUCGCCGGUGGGAAAAGAUGUCUUGGAUACGGUCUCAAUGAAAAGAGCCAUUGGACAUUUUCAGAAGGGUCAGAAAAUGGAAAGGUCUCGACGACUUGAUCGCGAGACACUUGAUCGUCUCCACAGAGCCACGGCUAAGAAUGCCAGUGGCGAGGGUUGGACCGUACCAAAGGCUGUCAAGUCUACCGUUGCUGAAUUGAGCGGCAAAGGUGGGGAAAUGGUGAUGGGUAUUGUGGGAGCUCGUGAUAAAGCUGGCAUCUCCGAUGCCGAAACCAUGGAUAUUGAACGUUUUGCUCAGCUGGUGACGGGCCCAAAGAUGAAGUGGCUGUGGCAGGGCAAACCCGCGAAAUCGGGGGACAUGUUUGUCAAUCCGACCGACGAUCUGAAAGGCAGAAUUUUCAGUACUGAUGACCAGGGAAAUUUCUUUUGGACGAGCAACCAGCAUGACUCUAUCUCCGACGGAGGAGUUCUCGAGCGGACUGAUACCACGUACACAAAUCAAACCCAGGACGGCAAAUCCAGUCGCGGCCGAAUUCGUGGGGCGGUAGGGGGACUGAAAGCUCAUGGCCCACGAUACCACAAGGACGGAGAAGAAGCCCAUGACUGGGUUGAAAGCGCCGCGACAGCGACAUCGCGAUUGUCCAAAGACCAUUAUAGCUUUCGAGAUCAUACACUGCGUCCUCCACUCACGCCGCGACAAACUGGACCUCCCUCUUUUGACCUGGCCCUGGCAAGUGUCCGACCGACUUCACCAACCGAACCACAAGGUCAACCUCUACGGAGGGCUGAAACGACCACCGAAACAAAAAUUUCUUCUCAUCGAGAACAGUUGCGGCCAGCUCUGCCCGGUGACUCUCCCAGAAGGAGAAAACUCAAUGCUGACAUGGCCGAUUUACGCAACGAAUUUAAAGCGGAUAUAUACCGAAAUUUCUCGGCAGAGCUACCAUAUAAAGGGUUUCAGAGCCGUGUUCUUCGUCGCUCUCAAAGUGCAAUUCAGCUAAUGGUUCAUCCUGCGGACAGUCCUCGACAGAAUCGAAUUAAUCGGCAAUUGUCUUUCAGUCUCGUUGAGAAAGCUGUCCUCGACCUGGGUGAAAGUGUUGUCGACGAAGGUAUCACGAAGGGGAAAAUAGAAGGUGAUCUCACUAAUGCACUGGCUGAACGCGAUGCUUUGGUUGCUGCGGCUCAGAAGAAAGCGAAACGUAUCCAGGUCAUCCAGCAAAGCCUCAUUCCGUAUACUGAAAGCAGAGUGGCCCACGUUGAAACACUUGACCAUGCCGCGAACCAGCACUUGGAGCAGCUGAACGAACUGUAUUACCAUCGAUUGGAGGAAUACCAGACACUCCAAGCAACCUCCUCGGAUAUUGUUUCGCAAGAGAAGAAUGCGUUGACCGAAAGUAUUCGCAGGAUUGAAAUGCUCGGAGCAAAAAUGGACUAUGAACUUGAUUCCCUACAGUCUCGAUUGCAAGAAGUCGAAGACGGCGUGGAUGAUUUUGAGCGAAACGUGUUGGUGAUUGAAGCAAGGGUACGGGAAUUGAUCGGAGAUGAAAGGCAAAAUUCUAUACCCUGGAUUCAGAGAGUGUUCAACUUCAUGGGAUCACGGAAAAAAAUGACGGUUUGA